AGACAGAGGGGAGGAGGGAGAGUGAUAGCGUAAGGCAGUUGGCAGCCGAGAUCGUGUUGUUUCGCACCGGGAGCGCUAUCGUUUUUCAAACUAUGGCUAUUAAGCGUUUGUGAUCUAAAUCAGUUAAAGGACUAAUCGGGGGGCAUCCCGGUAGUGUUAUAAAGCAUCAAAAGGAAAAAGAAAUUCCUCGACUCUUUGCCGUGGGAGUAAUCGUGACUGCGGAGGCGUGUGUGUGUGUAACCCUCUCUUUUCUGUGCUGGUGGUUUUUGUUUUAAAUUCCCCUCCCCUCCUCGGAGCCCGGAGAUGGUAAGUUUGUCCGCUCUGGCCGCUGCUGGUGACGGAGAGAGGAACAAUAUGGCGCUGCGAGUCGCUGCUGCUUGCGCUGGACCAGUCCUUGUCUAAAGCCGGGGACAAACAGGAUGAACCUCUGCGCCCAGUACUUACGGCAGGCAGAGGCCCUAAAGGCUGAUAUGACGGACUCCAAGUUGGGUCCAGCAGAGGUCUGGACAUCCAGGCAGGCACUGCAGGACCUCUACCAGAAAAUGCUGGUGACAGACCUGGAAUAUGCUCUGGACAAAAAAGUGGAGCAGGACCUCUGGAACCAUGCUUUCAAAAAUCAGAUAACAACACUACAGAGUCAAGCCAAGAACAGAGCCAACCCUAACAGGAGUGAAGUGCAAGCAAAUUUGUCCCUCUUCCUUGAGGCAGCUAGUGGCUUCUAUACACAAUUAUUACAGGAGCUGUGUACAGUGUUCAACGUGGAUUUACCCUGUCGGGUCAAGUCGUCACAGCUUGGAAUAAUCAGCAAUAAACAGACAAGCACCAGCGCCAUUGUAAAACCCCAGCCUAGCUCCUGCUCCUACAUCUGCCAGCAUUGUCUAGUCCACCUAGGGGAUAUCGCACGCUAUCGCAACCAAACCAGCCAGGCAGAAUCCUAUUACAGACAUGCAGCUCAGCUCGUACCUUCUAAUGGUCAACCUUACAAUCAGUUGGCUAUUCUUGCUUCCUCAAAAGGGGACCACCUCACAACCAUUUUCUACUACUGCAGGAGCAUCGCAGUUAAAUUUCCCUUUCCAGCUGCUUCUACCAACUUGCAGAAAGCUCUCUCUAAAGCUCUUGAAAGCCGUGAUGAGAUCAAGAGUAAAUGGAGUGUAUCGGAUUUCAUCAAAGCUUUUAUUAAGUUUCACGGUCAUGUAUACUUGAGCAAGAGCCUGGAAAAACUGAACAAUUUGAGGGAGAAGCUGGAAGAGCAAUUUCAGAGGCUUAUUCUUCAAAAGGCCUUCAGUUCUCAGCAACUUGUUCACAUAACUGUUAUCAAUCUGUUUGAACUGCACCACCUGCGAGACUUCAGCAGCGAGUCUGAUGACCACAGCUUUAGUCAUGACGAGCAGCUCAGUUGGAUCCAACUGUUAGCACUCUUUAUGUCUUUUCUUGGUAUCAUGUGCAGCCGUGUAUUGCUGAAUAAAAAUCGUGAAGACCUAAUGGGAGAAUGUCCUUUGCCUGCAAUUAAAGUUUCCUUGGAUUGGCUGAAACUUCGACCAAGCGUUUUUCACGAGAGUGCAGUGGACGAGAGACAGUACAUUUGGCCAUGGCUGGUAUCAAUCCUGAAUAGCUUUCAGCCAAAGGAAGAUGACGUAUCUUGUGCUUCAGCCACCCCUCUCCCAGAGGAGUUUGAGCUGCAAGGAUUUUUGGCCCUCAGACCUGCUCUAAGGACUUUGGAUUUCUCUAAAGGGCACCAGGGUAUUGCAGUGGACAAAGAAGGCCAGCCCCUGCGAGCUCGCCAUCAGAGACUGAUAAGCCUUGGUAAAUGGGUAGCCGAUAGCCAACCCAGGCUUGUCCAGUGCCGAAUUGAUGAUGGCAUGCUUCUUUUUGUAACCGACAUCCCUGAGCCAGUGAUUGAGGAGCUCGUUGAGAAAGAUGGUCCUGUUCUGCAGGAGUCUUCUAAUGCAGAACAAACUUCCAAUGAGGGCAGCCAGGGCUUGAAAUCUGUUCUGCCCGUGGGCAAGACUCAAAACAGCAGCUCUGAGGGUGGAGAGAAGCCCGUGGUGACUUUCAAAGAGAAUAUUAAACCCCGGGAGCUAACAAGAGAUGCCAACAGAACCCAUCACCUAAAAGAAGGGCUGAAGGAGAGAAGGGAGUUCAGCAAAGGAAACUUGUCCAGCAAAACCGAUCUGAAGAAGGACAACAAAAGAAAAAAUGAAGCCAAGAAGACUUGUCACGAGAAAAUGCAAGAGCCAGGAAAGCAGAACGUGGCAGUACAAGUGAAAGCCCAGUCUGAAAUAAGGAAGACCCCGGUCUCGGAGGCAAGGAAGACUCCAGUCACCCAGACACAGACGCAGACGAGCAGCUCCUCGCAGUUCAUCCCCAUUCACCACCCAGGGGCUUUCCCUCCUCUGCCUAGUAGGCCAGGGUUCCCACCCCCGGCGUACGUUAUCCCGCCCCCUGUUGCUUUCUCGAUGACCCCGGGCUUUACGUUUUCCACGGGGGUGUCUGUGCCCGGAGCCUUCCUCCAGCCCGCCACGCACCCGCAGGCCGGCAGCCAGGUCCAAGCCGGGAAGCAGUCGCACAUUCCUUACAGUCAGCAGAGGCCGUCGGGGCCGGGGGCUUUAACCCAGGGCCCCCAGCAGCAGCAGGGUCAACAGCAGCCUCCCACGGCCGCCUCCCAGCAGGCCGUGCAGCCGGCAGGGCAGCUACAGGUCCAGGGUAUGUCCCAGCAGCAGCAGUCUCCCACGAAGCCCGUGCAGCAGCAGCUUGGGAAGAGUCCUCCUCACCAUCCAGGCCUGCAGCAGUUCAUGCAAGUUACUGAGCAGUCCAGCCAGAUGUGGAAUCAGCACCAGGCACAGGCUCCUCUCCAGAAGAAUCUGCCAAUACAGAUGUCUGUUAAGCAGUCCUUUUACAUGCCACCUCAGGAUCCUCUCAAGUUGUUUGAGCAGUCUCUCCAGACUGUGCCGAUGCAGCCUCAACAGCAACCGACUAUGGACAAGAAGAUGAAGCUGUUUCCUGUAGAGCCUUUUGGUCAGAACGCCUCAGAGGUCAAAGUGCAGGAUUUCUACUGGGACCCUCCGUACCGCAUGGCUGCGGACCGCCAGAUGAUGGGGCAGCAGGUGAACAGUGACCGCCUGGUGAAGCGCCCACAGGGAAGUUUCCGCUCCGACCAGGACAACAUCCCAAGGGUGUCGUCUUUUGAGGACUCCAAGAGCUCCCCUCUUCUACCUCCUGACCUGUUAAAAAGUCUAGCUGAUUUUGAGGAGGAGGAAGAACUGGCCUUUACUAAGCCUCACGAUUUCUACCAGGCCUUGGCUGGCCCUCUUAACUCUGCUCCGGGAAGAAGCAUGUUUUUGCCAAACCAGUCAAGGCUGGAACGACCCUCUGAUCUGAUGUCUCAGCCUUCUCUUAUGCCCUUGUCUGGAUUUUCACUUCAGGAGAACUCCUAUCAAAAUAGCAGCAUUUUCAGUGAGGCAUAUGGCAAGAAUAUGGCACCUAGCACAAAGCCUGAAGUUCCUUCAUCGCUGGCACAUCAGGAACAUUCCCUGUACACCCUGUUUGAAGGAACUCCAUGGUCCCCUUCUCUUCCUGCCAGCUCGGACCAUUCAACACCAGCUAGCCAGUCUCCUCACUCCUCUAAUCCCAGCAGCCUGCCGUCGUCUCCACCGACACACAACCACAACUCCAUCCCUUUCUCCAACUUUGGCCCCAUCGGGACCCCAGACAGCCGGGACAGGAGGAUCGCUGAUCGCUGGAAAGUCGAGAAGUCAGCAGUGAGUGGAUUCGGACUGGAUUACUUGCCUGCUUCCUCUUCUGCAUCGGAGAAUAGCUGGCACCAAGGCAGUACCCCCUGUAACACCUGGGCUACUCAGGAAUCUCCAAUGGAAGACUCGAGCACUGUUCUCAUGGACAGCCUGAAGUCGAUCUGGUCGAGCUCGAUGAUGCACCCUGGACCUUCGGCCCUGGAGCAGCUGCUCCUGCAGCAGAAGCAGAAGCAGCAGAGGGGGCACGGGGCGAUGAACCCGCCACACUGAGAGGGCACGGAUGGCACCACGUGUGAAACCAAGCUCCACUGAAUUAACGGCAUGUUGGGUUCGCAGUAGAACAACCCACACUGUCCCUCGAUGCAGGUGGCAGCCCUCUCCUCUCUCUCUGUGUCUCUGUGACAAGAGGGCGUAAGUGCUCCACCAAGCCACUGAGUGCGCACCAAGCGGCUGCUGAGCAACAAACGGAUUUUGACAUUGGAAACGAAAAUCUGAACACUCUCAUGCUUCCUGACGACCUCCGGGGGAAGGACCAUCAACCGUCUCACUCAGUAACGUAACGCCACUCAUCCACAGAGCCUCCUCUAACCCUCUCUACGUUGUACAAGUCUCUCGGGCUGUAUAAGAGAAGUGAAGAAGGUGGGGAGAAAGGCAGGCGGGCAGGUUGGUUAAGUCAAAGAGAAUUGUUUGUCUUGAUUUUUCUUUUUCGAAAACUAAGGAACGCUUUUGCUGGGUAAGAAAGUAAAAUGGAGUAUACGAACAUCUUUACCGUCGCAGUAAUAGUAGCACACGUAAUUCCUACUUAACACAAAACAGCUUGUGGUCUGAACACAGAAACGGCGGACCCUUUCGAUUCGAUGUCCUGUCUACUGAUUGAUGGGCACUGGGCGAUGCUUUUGUAAAUGUAUUUAAAUUAAAAGGGGGCAUCUCCCAGUCUUGAAAGAAAGAAAGGCAUUGUGUAAGAGAUGCUUCACAAAUCACCGCAACAGCUUAAAAUAGAUUUAGAUGUUAGUGUUAAUAGCUGCAGUAGAGAUUGCAAUUAUUAAAUACUGUAUUUUGUGAAUUGUUCUGUAGCAAUCCUAGCUUUAACAGAUCCUGGGUAAUGUGUACUGCAGUUGACCGCGUACAGAGCGACAGAACUGCUGGCGGGAUUUUAUAUUAAAUGUUCCUACUCCCACCCCUUCCACCUUACUGUCUUUGAUUGCAAGUUUUACUAUUGCUUACAAGAGGAUGAUUUAGUUCACAGUCUGCUUUCUUUUAAUAGUGUGUAAGCAGCUUUAGGUGGCUUUCUUUGUGCCUGGUUAGAAGUUGUUUUUAUAAUGGUCGGCACCGUCUUUAAAAACAAGCAAUUGGGUCCAGCAGGAGCUGCUGGUUCAGCAAUACAGGGGCACAAAGCUGCGUCUGAGCGGAAGUGGGAAUGUGCUGCUUUGUACUUAAGGCAGCCCUGAAAAAAAUAGCCAGACUGGCACUCCCCAGCCCCAGAGCUCUACAGUCUUGAGUGUAGUUAAUGGUGACAUCCUCUAGUUUAAUCACAGAGACAGAACAUACAGGACACAGAUGUAUAAGAAAAUAUAUAUAUGAUGGUUAUUUCUUUACAGUGUGGGCAGCAAAGGAGAAAUUUUUAUUUCGUAUUUAAAGGGUAAAAAGACUGAAUAUCAUAAGUGUAUGAGGGAAAAGUGAGUAUUUCUUUUUAUUUUCAUGUAGGAAGAAAAAACAUUUUAUGGAAAACAAACUUUAAACAACACGUCUUCUUGCUGUGUGAUUGUGCUUUUCUUGUUGCAUUCAAAAAUGUAAAAAAAAGUAAAAUAAAAAUGGAAAAACAAGUCAAAGGACUCGACGCUGGGACGGGUCAAGGCAAAGGACAGGAAGAUAGCCUUCCGCAGAAUAGCAGGUCCAGGGAAAUUGGUUUUUGAAUUUAUCAGCACAAGGGGGACUCAUGAAUUUAUGGUAUUGUUUCCAUGUUAGUGCUCACAAAGCUCGGUGUUUGUGCUGGUGUUCUUCAGCAUGGAGGUGGGAUUACUCAAAGCCACUUUUAUAUGGUUCCAUUUAUGUACACUGUUUUGGGCAGUACGUAGAAACAAGACAAAAUCUGAAACAAUCUGAGAAAAUUGGUAUUAUCCUUAUAACUCCUUUAAAUUUACUUAAUGGCUUGGCAAUUCUAGGUCUACUGCUGUGCUGUGUCCACUAAAAUCAAGUAAUCAUUAUUUGUUGAAUAUUUAGAAAAUCACUGGGCAGAUCUCACUUCAACAUCUAGUAUGAUUACAUGCAGGAAACUGCAUUCUGGGCAGCUAAACCAUUCCAGUGUUCAUACUGUACAGCACUACACUUAGGGAUGAAAGAGGUCUUGGCACAAUUGGCAACGUAUACCAGGCAUCAUGUCCCAGUUGCCCAGUUCAGGUACAAGGAGAGAAUCAUCUAAAAACUGCAUGGGAAUAUGGUGUUCGGAAUGUUUAGUGUUCUGUGGGAAAGAAGAUCCCAACACCUCUGCAAAGGGUCAUGGGGGGAUUUUCAUCAAGAAAUUGGUUUGUGUUCUAAGCUUUUGUGUUUUCUGUCUUUCUGUGCAAGACAUUCUGCAGCAAUUGCUGGAAUCAGCUAUGCCUUUAAUAAAGUAAACCAUGUUCUCCCUAA